AGUAACGUUGGCAGCGCCGAUGCAGCACGUGCGACGCCAGCUCAAGCGCCUCGUCGGCGUCGCCGUCGCGACGCGCAACAAGCUCAUCAAGCAGCGCAAACGAGGCGAGUCCUUGCGCAAGUGGGUGGGCCGCAACCUCGACAACUCGCGCCUCGCCGCGAUCCUCGACCUCUACCAAGUACUCCUCGGUGUGAUUGUGACGGGCAUGUACAGCCUCCGCAACUGGGAUAUGUGGGACACGUCGCUCGACUCGAUGACCACGCGGUAUAUCCAAGCCUUCUUCGGCACCGUCUUCCUCUCCGACUACCUGCUCCGGCUGUACGCGGCCGACAACCGCAAGGCGCACAUCCUCGCACCGCUCGCCAUUAUGGAUUUUUUGGCGAUUUUACCGCAAUUUAUCGAGCUGCUCGUGCCCGACAGCUUUAGCCGGAAACACUUUCUGUGGGUGACCGGCAUCAAGACGCUGCGGCCGUUCCGGUGCCUCUGCUGCUUUCGGCUCCUCGCGUUCGCCAACACGGCGCGGCAGCGAGAGACCUUUGUACUCUUCAGCGCCGUCAUUUGCAUCAUCAUUUGCUUUGGCUCGACGCAACAGGCCAUUGAGGCGUGUCCGUGCAUGCAGAACGCGACCAUAGACCCGACCAACUGCUCGAUCUGGGAGAAGGACGAUCUCGACGGCGCGUGCACCGACCUCCCGAUUUACAACGCCAUGUAUUUCGUUGUGAUUACGAUAGCCACGCUUGGGUACGGCGACAUUGCACCGAGGACGCAAAUGGGCCGUCUCGCGGUGAUUGUCCUCAUCAUUGCGUCCAGUGUGCUCUUGCCGCUUCAAAUCUCAACACUCAGCGACGUUUUAAACCGAGAAACCGAGUACGACAAGGCGUUUACUGAGCGGAAAGAGAAGACACCGCACGUGCUCAUUUGCGGCGAAGUCGGAUCGGGCGCACUCGACUUUUUCUUGCGGCAAUUUCUGCACCCGAACAAGAUGAACUGGAAGGACAAGGUCGUCAUUUUAUGUCCGUCGCUGCCAUCCCACAACCUCAAGCGCAUUUUACUGAACGGCGCGUACGAGCAGCGGGUCGUGUACCUCCAAGGCUCGGCCAUGUCGGACGCCGACCUCCAGCGCGCCAGUGCAUCGACCGCGCGGCUCUGUUUUGUCUUGGCCAACAAACUGUCGCCGGACGCCGACCAGAGCGACACGGCGUCCAACUUUAUCACAAUCUCGCUCCGGCACUUCAACAAACACGUCCCUAUUUUCGUCCAAGUGCUCAAGUCGGACAACAUUGGGCACUUGCAUCUCUCGGGCGCCACCAAUGUGCUGUGUGUGGACCAGUUGAAGAUGGCAAUUCUCGCGAAAUCGUGCUUGAUGCCGGGCACGGCGGCGUUUCUCUGCAGUGUCCUUUUACCUUUCGCCCGACCAUGGGUCUCCGGUACGAGGGACGCGACGUGGGCGUCCGUGUUUCUCCAAGGGUGCAGCCACGACUUGUACGAAGUGGCGAUUCCCGCCUACUUGGACCGGCUCGUGACGUUUACGACCUUGGCCCACAUUUUGUUUCAAGAGCACCACGUGCGCGAAAUCGGCAGCGACAUGACCUUACACGUGCUCGCGUCAACGCCGGACGUCGGCAACCUCGUCGCCACCCUCUCCGUUUCGACGCUGCAUCGGUACCGCCACGUACUCGACAAUUUCGACCGAAUCGCCGCGGCGUGGAGCUUGACGACGUUUUCAACAAAGAUGAAGACGGCGGCAAAGGAGUCGCGCGACUCGAUCCUCAUGGCACACCAGUCGAUUCGCACGUCAGCAUCGAACGUCCUGGCGCGCUACUCGGUCAUCUCGAUGCGGUCCCAGCGACGCUCGUAUCGGAGUGCCAUCAUUCCGUCGUGCGACCACGACUCGUCGCUCGCGCCCCCCGAGCCAUCCGACGCCCGCCGCAGCUCGAUCCAGGACGCCAACACCGAGACCGGCCACGUCAACGGAGGCUCUGGCCCGCUCUUCCACGCCAGCAGCAAAUCGCGUCUAAGUGGCGUCGAGACACCGGUGACGUCGUACUCGCCACCGCUGUCGUACGUCGCCUUUAUCAGCGUGACGAUUCCACCCAAUCUGUCCGACCACAUUGUGCUCUGCGGUCAACCCAACCACUUGCGCGACUUUAUCGCGCCGCUGCGCCAGCUCCGACGCCGGGGCACGAUCGGCGCCCCGACGCGUGACGCGGUCCCGAUCGUCAUCAUUAGCAACCGCAUCUUGUCCAAGAAGCAGUACGCAGGCAUCCAGUCGUUUGAGAACGUCUACUACCUCCGCGGCUCGCCGCUCUCGCUGCCCGUGCUGAGUACGGCUCGCGUCGCGCACAGCAAGCGCAUUGUGAUCUUGCGCAACUGCUCCGAGCUCGGCAACGGCGAGAACGACGUGGACCCGAACGACGUGAUGGACCAAAACAUGCUCGACACGGACGCGAUCACAUUGCAUCGGUUCCUCACCGACGUGUGCGCGGCGCAACACUCGGACGACUUGCCGCGACCCACGAUCAUGAUUGAGCUUAGCCGCCCCAAUAGCCUUCGGUUUCUAAAAGACCCGACGCUCAACUACCACGACGACGACGACGCGAUGAAACUGCUCACCAAACAAGCGAUCGCGCGCGUCGACGACCCGCUCGAUCACAUUUGCAACCCGUUGUAUGCAUCGGGCAAAGUGUUUGUUUCGAACGCGCUCGAUGCGGUGUUGGGCACGUGCAACAAGUACGGCAGUCUUUUAGAGCUCCUGCAGCUGCUCGUGCUGGGCGAAACGAGCGCGGGCGCGGUCCAGGGCCUUGAUCAAAUCGACGUGCCGGCGUUGCAGCUCGGGCGGCCGUACGGCGCGUGCUACGAAGACCUGCUCUUGCACCAGGGCAUUUUAUGUCUGGGGAUCUACCGCGCGCGGCCCGAAGCCGACACGAGCUACGUGGUCGUGAACCCGAGUCCAGGGCUUGUCCUUGAUCGCGCCGACAAGCUAUUCGUGUUGCGGUAGC